AUGGUCGCCCCGUCAUCGGGCACAACCCAGGUAGAAUGCGAGCCGUAUCGCCAUCCAUCUCACCAAACAUACCGAAUCCCUCAGUCUAACCCGUCGACGCCCUACGACCAAGCCGAGCCCAGGUCUGUUUCUUCCCAGCGGUCCAGCUCCCACUCUCGCGUCCCACAACCAUCGUCAUCGUCAACUCCUUCCAGCCAGCCGUCGCAGACACCUAACCAGUUCGCAUCGUCGGCAUCAUCAAGAGGUACUCCACAGGGAACUCAAGUCACUCCUCAAGUCACUCCUCCAACCACCCAUGUUAGGAAUUCUUCGACCGUCUCUUCCAGUGCUCCAACUACUGCCGCCUCGACACCAGUACGGCACCGUAGAUCGUCUUCCCUUCAAAACACAUCAAUGGCUCAGCCUUCAAUCGUCGUGUUAAGAGAUCUAGCUCACCUGGCUGAACUGGCUAGAGCGGAUGCCAAUAACAAUGGUUCUUCGCAGUCGUUCCCCAGAAGGCGAGUUAGGUUCAGCGAUACUCGAUUCGACGUCAGCCAGAUGGCUGUUCCUGACAUCAUCGAGCUUGUUUCCGCCCUACUGACCAAGAUCACAACCACCAAUGAUCGGAACCAUGAAAACCUCCAUCGAAAUAUGCCAGCCGCGGAUGGCUCUGGUAACCUCCCUGAACAAGCAACUAGCGUUUUGGCCUUUCACGGAAAGAACGUCCCCACUAUCACUAUCCAUAGCUACCUCAGUCGGAUCCAUCGUUACUGUCCAACAACAUACGAGGUUUUCCUCUCCCUAUUGGUUUACUUUGACCGGAUGACCGAACGGAUCAAUGCUGGAACUGUUCACCAGGUUAACAACAUCAGGCCCGCUACUCCCGGAUCCGCCACUGUCCCUCCUCAGGAUGCUGCUGGAGAACAUAGCCAAGGUUUUGGAAACUUCUUUGUUGUCGACAGCUACAACAUCCAUCGUUUGGUUAUUGCUGGUGUCACCUGUGCUUCAAAGUUCUUCUCGGACAUCUUUUACACCAAUUCUAGAUACGCUAAGGCAAGCAAACCAUUCUCCAACCAUUCGCAUAGUUUUGAAGUUGGAGGAUUGCCACUAGUAGAGCUGAAUCACCUGGAGCUCCAGUUCUUGACACUGAAUGACUUCCGCCUGUCCAUCCCUGUCGAGGAACUGGAAUCGUACGGUAACAUGUUGGUCCAGUUCUAUGCUAGGGAGGAGCUGGCCAACCGUCCAGACUUCGCUCCAGCGACUCCAGCAACCGAAUGA